CGAAAUUUCGUCAUUAUAAUUAUUUUGUUGUCAUGUUUAAAACCUCCAUUUAUUAAAAAGCUGACCUGGUGUGUUGGUCAUCAGACAGAAUGGUAAUGCCACUAUUGACAGUGGGUUCUCUCACCAACCAUUUCAGUUGCUAUGAGUACCUAUGGAAACAGUGUGAGGAGAAGUCAGACGUUUGUGAUGUCACAAUCAAAUUCGAUGGCGGAGAGAAAUUCAAAGUUCACUGGUGUGUUCUUCUGCAGUGUCCAUAUUUCAAGGGGCUGUAUGGCAGUGGGAUGCAGGAGAAGAUGUCAUCCAUUCUGGAGUUGAAUAUCGUCCCUCCAGAAAUUGCCAAGUUGGCCCUCAAGUUCAUGUACCUUCGAUCCAUCAAAGCAACCCAAGACCAGUUCGGCGAUCUCCUAAAAGUGGCUGACUACAUUCAUUUGGAUGCACUCAGAGAUGCCUGCACCAGACGUUUGAUAAGAAUUGGCAUAACUGAGCAGAAUUGUCUUGAAGUAUACUCACUGGAUGAGAUGUAUCAUGCCAAGGAUCUUCAGACUGAAGGCGAAGCUGUCUUAGUUUCACAAUUUGAAAAAGUUGUGGAGGGCGAGAAUAUUUUGAAUAUUUCUGUAGAUUUUUUGCUGAGUUUGUUAAGGUUUCCUGCAUUGAAACGAAUUCGUGCAAAGUCAUUCUUUGACUUGAUAUUACGAUGGGUCGAAUUCCGUGCUGACAGAGUUGCCCACUUCCCACGCAUUUUCGCUUGUUUAGACUUGAAGGAUUUCCCUCUAGAGGUGCUACAGGAUGAGGUUGUAGGGAACCAGCAUGUGCGCAAUCAUGAGGUCUGCAAGCAGUUGGUCGAGGACCACCUUAAACUGAUUGGAGCUGGUAUAUUGGACCCAGCAAAUCCUGAGAAAGAUGUGAUAUUGAUUUCAGGACGAGAUGUUUUAGACCACAGAUUCCAGCGUGUGUUGUGUUAUGGGUAUGUCAUAGAGGAAGACCAUUGGACACAGCUUGCUCCUAUACCUCAUGGUCUCCAGGGCAGAUUGGCUGUUGCCCAGGGGAAGGCAUACAUGUGCGCUGUCAACUAUGAAAAGGAGCUGAAAUACAAGACUUAUCCGCUCCCUGAUGAUGACAAAAGGAUGAAAGUGUUUGAAUUGUCUCCAGCCAAUGUACGAAAAGAAUGGUUGCAUAUCAAAACUGAAAGUGCUGCUAGAACGUACAAUGUGUUCUCAAGUACAUCCAGCAGCAACGGAACUUUGAUUUCUAUUGGGAAGGUCAAAAACUGGGAAAUUCGCCUCAAGAUCUACCCAGCAGAGUAUCUAAAAUGGUGCUCAGAGCGUAAAACAAACCCACAGAUACACCUUCCAGAAAAGAUGGCUGUUUCUGUACGUUUGUUGAAAAUACAAGAAGGUGAUCAAAAGUGUCAGAUUUCUUCAUCUGUCGUCUGCUACGAGAACACAGUGUUUGCAUACAUCCGAUUGGAUCACAACAAAGAGAGAAAGAGAAGCCAUGGUUAUUUCUUCAACUUGGAGACAAAGACUCUUCGGAAAUUUUCUGGCGGUCUUGGCAUUUGGGGAGAAGUGCUUUAUCUGGAGGGAAAGACAGCAUAUUUGGAGUCAUUGGGAAACCGAUUCAGUUUUGUGUGUGAUAUGACCGAGAUGUCUUGGUUCCAAUACGAACGUGGCUUGCCAUACCUUCCCAAGGAUCUGAUAGUCAAGGAGCAUGCACUUGUGAACCACGAUAAAGAUAUGUACGCAUUGUCUCUCACAGGAAGGAAAAGUCAAAGCACUAACACGCUGUAUAAACUGAAUCGUGAGGAUUUUGUAUGGAUUCCAAUCUCAGUCUUCCCACUCCACCCAGGUCUGAAACAACUUUCUUGUGCCAUCAUGAAAGUGAACAAGGUUAAGUUACGGUGCCCAGUUGAUUGCAAAGACUGCCAAGCAAAGCUGAAACGACCGAAGAGGAAGCGUCAGCAGCCUGGACCUGCUGGGAACGAGCCUGAACCGAGUGACCCGCAUGAUCCGGACUACGAUGAUGAUAUCAAUGAUUGAGAAACUAGGGAGUCCACUUGAUUGUAAAGACUGCCUAACAGAGCUUGUGCAAACUACACUGGUACUGGCACAACGAUGUCUCCAUCAUCUCAUUUGCAGUACCAAAACUACUUCAUGCAGGAUGUUAUGUAUCAUGAUAUAUCAUAUUUUUUAUCAGCAAAUGUAAUCAUGGUAACAAGAAAGAACUUCGUAACCUGUUAGUUAAGUGGAAGAAAGCACAGUUGAACCUCUUGACACCAUUUGGACUGAAAAAUGCUGUCUCUAAUAAUCUUGCUAAGAAUAUUAAUAAUGAAUAUAAAGAUAAUUGAGGUCAAAUGGAAGAGAAAUUACAUGUUCAGGGUCAAAAUCAGUGUCUUUUGUCGAGAGGGUGCCCAGUUUACAGGUGUCUCAGCUGAGCAUGGUUCAACUGUAUUUGGGUUUUUCAGAUUUUAAACUUGCAUGUUCCUAAACACUAGUGAAAAUGUUGUUUAUAUUGUGAGGUAUGUAUACUUGUAAAAUGUACUAUGUACUGGUAACAUGGGUCCUGUUUGUCGUCAUGUCCCAUUGCUAUCUUGUGCAUUCGCUCAUUCAAGAAAUUUUAUAUCUUAUUUUUCAGUUAUCAUAUUUUGCAUGAGAUUUGAUGAAUGCUUAAAGUUUUAACAGAGCAUGAAGUAAAUUUAUCAGUUUAUAUGCAAUGUACCUCAAAGCACCUUCUGGUACAUUAGAACCUCUCUAUUUAGGGUACCCUUGUGACUGUCGAAUGCUCUCUUUCAUAGGGAAGUGUCCUGAUUACAGAGGUAAAAUUGAAUAGAAAUUACCACUUCAGGACCAAAAAAGUGUCCUUUGAUAGAGAGGGGGUCAUGUUAUAAGAGAUAUCUGUUAGAGAGGUUCCUUUAUACAAUGUUGUUACUUUGUCCUGCAUGCAUGUAAGGCCUA